CAGCCGUGUUCUGCCCUGUCACCCUGCUCUGUGUCUCCUGCUUGUUGAGCUUCAGUCAGUACGUUGAUGCUAGUGGCUCUGAUCUGUUGUGCUGUGGCUCGGCUGUGGGACUGGAGGGAGUGGAAGGAGGAUAUAACACCGCUGCUAAAACAUACACCUUCCGACUGGAUUUUCUUUGUGCCUGUUGGAUGAGGGGACAGAGGGGUCUCUCUACUGCCGUUUUUUGCUUGGUCACUCUAUCUUCAAAGGAAAUAUUGAAGGACUGUUGAGUUUGGAAGCACCCAGAGACUGAAAUGAGAGAACAGGACAGAGACUAGGAUUUGCAGGAUCCAGAGAGAAGAGAGUGGACAGUAGGGGCUGUAAAGCUCAUCUUAUACUUUAUGAAGUUAAGUUUGAACGGGGGAGACAAUGUCCAACAAAAGUGACACUGGAGGUCAACCUGCUGCGACAACAACAAUCAGCACUAUCGCCGUGCAGGCUGGCGAUUCUCAGAUUAUUGUUACUGUGUUCAAGUGUGAGGCACUGGUGCAGCUGCAGUUGACUGAAGCCAAUCCCAACCUGUUGGAGAUCGGCAGCAACCAGGAUGAAACCAAGAAACUACUGCAUGAACACGAGCAGCUCCUGAUCAAACUCAAGAAACAUGAGGCAGGCGUGUGGGCCUUGCUGGAGGAGGCAGACAGGACGGCAGAGGAGAAGGAAGAUGAAGGGGAGGUGUAUGAGGCCAUGGCUGUCUCGCUGAGCGACGCCUGGAGAACCAUGAUCUCACUGCUAGAGAAGCGCCAGUCACUGCUACACCUGGCCUCAGAGUUCUUCGACAGGGCUCUUGAGUUUGCUAUCAGAAUAGACGAGGCAGAAGAGUUCCAGAGCAGAGAGCAGGAGCUGGGAGAUGCGGAGUGUCUGAAAGAACUGCUCAUGAAACACAGCGUUAUGAAGAGAGGCCUCCUGGAGAAGUCAAUGUUGGUUCUGAACAAGAGUCGUGAUCUUCUAGACUUCCUGAGAGAGUUCGAGACUGAGGAUGGUCUUCAGAGGAGUGAGGCGUUGAGAGGGGCUGACAGCAGCUAUGGCCGGGUGGAAAGUCUGAUGGAGAUACUGCAGGACAGGAGGAGACAGGUGGAUCAACACAUGAAGCAGCAGCUCAUUGACCUGGAAGUGAUCCUUAACAUCUACCAAUGGGAUCGCCAGGAACAGGAAGUAACCCACUGGUUCAAAAACAAAGCUGACUUGUACUUUGAAAAAGAUCAUUUGGGCUCAGCUCUCACAGAAAAUGAAGAGCUCCUUCAGGAAUACAAAGAGUUUGAAGAGAAAGCCAAGGACUGGAGUGUGUUGGUGGAGAAGCUGCUAGCCCAAGCUUCAGAGCUGCAAGUGGGGGAAGCAGAGGGCUGUGCUGAGGCUGAGACGGGCCAUGUCUCUGAGAGAAGUGUGGCUCUCAAAGCCUUGCACAAUCACUUCUGGAACCUCAUGAUGGGCCGGCUGGCACAGCUACAGGAGAGCAAUUCCUUCUUCAGCAGCGCUAACACGGCUUUUGAGGUGCUGGGAAGUGUUGAGAGUAAACUUAAGGGGUUGAAGACCCAGACACUAUGGUUGCCUGAGUUGGCCAAAAAGCAUGAGGACCUGUUGCGAAGCAUCAAAGAGUCAGCCAAUGACCCUCUACAGAGAGGGCAGCUCAUACUACAGAAGGCCAAACCACAGAGUACCCAAGUAGAAGGCGUGAAAAGGAUGCUGGGAUAUGUCAGAGACCGGGUUGAUGCUCUAAGUCAGGAGUGCCAUGCUCACCAAGCACUGGCAGCCAAGAGACAGCAGCUGGUGUCCCAAUGUGAAGACCUCAUAGACAAGAUCUCGGUGUGGUUAAAGAGCAGCAACGGUGUCCUCUCCAACAACACUGAGCCAGGCUCCCUGCUCUCUCAGUCUGAAGACAUGCUCAACAAACACCUGGAACUCUCCUCACAGACACAGGUGAGUGAGAACCUGAACCUGAAUGUGAGGGCAGCCAUCGGUGUGGUGGAGAAGACCAUGGAGGAGCUGAACAAGAAGAAGGUGGAUCUGUCAGACCUCUGGACCUCCUGGCAGCUCCAUGUCAGUCAGGUGAAGUCUGUCAAGAAACAGUGGAAGAAAUACAAAGAACAACUGGAAAAGACUGUUCAUGACCUAAAUAGUGUGGAGGAGGUUCUUGUCCCAACCUCUAAAGUUGAUCUGGGAAGUGAUCUUCAGACUGUGUCCAAGCUACUGGAGAACUUUAACCUAGCUAAGCCCCACUUCCUGCAGUUGAAUGCAGGGGUAGAAUACAUGGUGAAGACAUCAGAACUGUUGGCACUGAAAGGAAUUCCAAUAAAAGAGAAGAAUGAGAAAGUCACAGAGAUGCUUCACCUUCAUCAGAGAGUGAAAGAUAAAAUCAAAGAGUACGAGUCUGUCCUCAACAUGGCCGUGAAGUUCCACCAGCUCUAUGAUGAGUUGGAGAAGCUGUCAAUGUUGGAGCCUGUGACGGGGUUCAGUGAGACAAGCCAGGCUAAGAUCCAGCUGAUCCAACAUCAGGACAGACAGAGUCACAUCAGACACCUAUACAAGCUGGCUAUCUCUCUGGGAGGAGAUAUCAGCAACACUGUACAACAGUUGCAUGACUCAGGUUUCUCUGUACAGCGUCUGCAGGAGCGUCUGGAGAGACUGGAGAGAAGAUGUGUUAACUGGAGUGCUGAAGCCAACAGGUGUGAAGAGAGCCUCACUAGCAACGUGUACUACUGUGUCUUCAAGGAGGAGAUCACUGAGCUGAGAAAGUCAUUCAAGGACCUCAAGAAAAAAUUCAACAACUUGAAGUUCAAUUAUAUGAAGAAAAACGACAAGUCAAGGAACCUGAAAGCAGUGAAAAACCAAAUCCAGCAGAUAGAGAUUUAUGUUGAAAAGUUACAGAUAUUGCAGAAACGGGUGCAGGUAUUUACAGUUAAAGUGACUUCCAACACAGAGAAGCAUCUAAUAGGCAGUAGCCCCAGAGAGAUAGAGGAUGCUGUUAAUGAGCUACAGAGACAGCUGGGGGACUUUGACAAGACUGUGGAGGAGUACAAGCAGAAUCUGGACAUGAGCGUAAAGCUGCAGCAAGCCAUGGAUGAGUAUAACUUCUGGUGUGAUGAAGCAAGUGCUACAAUUGUGAGAGUAGGGAAGUACUCUUCCCAGUGUAAGACCAGGGAAGCAGUGUCUAUUCUAUACAAGCAGUUUGAGAAGUUUGUUUGGCCCACUGUGCCCCAGCAAGAGGAGAGGAUCAGCCAAAUCACAGAACUGGCUGUCUGUCUGCAUGGUGCUGAGGAGGGAAAUAAGUAUACGGAGAAAACUGUCACCAGACACAAUGAGAUAGUGGAAUCGAUAAAGGAACUAUCUAAUGGAUUGAUGGAUUUGGAGGCUAAACUACAGACUGAGGCUUUGCAGCAGGAGCCUGAAAUAAAAGAACUUGAUAAUGACAUACAAGAGGUAAACAAACAAGAGAAAAAAUCUAACCAAGAAACAGAGAAAGCUGAGAUGUACCCCCAGGAGUCUCUUGAUGUGCAGUCUGAGCUGAAAGAAACUGGACACACUCCCGAACUAACCAUGGGAAUGAACGGGAAAGAGGUACCCAUCAAAAUAAUUGAAAACACAAGAAGCAAGAAACCUCAAAUCCGCAAAACAAGGAGCCAGGAACUACCAGAUAAACUCCACCCACAACAUCACAACAAAGUGUUAUCAGAGAGCAGGUAUCAUACCCGGGAGUUGUGCUCGGAGACCAGCAGAGUGGAGACUAUCACCAGCAGGUUGACGAUGGAGAGAAAAGAGCAGCUGAGCACCUCUUUCUCAUGUACACAGACCUUCAACCUGUCCUGUUCACCGCUGGAGAGGGACAGGAAAGUCCAUACGCUCAACGAGGCAGGGAUAAAGUCUCUGGUCACCCCUCCUCCUACUAUUCUUCCUCCUCUUGCCUUCGCUUCGGCUCCCAGCUUCUCUGAUAUUCAGAGAGAGUUCCAGAAGAAGGAGAGACAGGGCCCUGCUCAGAGGAACUUCCCUGGGUUUCAUACUUCUAAUACUGAUCAGGGUGAGCCUUUCCCCCAAGAUGCAUCACUUCUGCUGCCGCCCGCAGGUGGUCUGACGGAGAGGAACCUUCAGCGGCAUAACCUCAUGACAGAAGAUUCCCUGUCCAAUGACGAAUAUGAGUGCACUUCCCCCGACGACAUCUCCCUGCCCCCGCUUUCCGAGACGCCAGAGUCCAACAUCGUCCUAUCAGAGAAUGACCUGGACCUGGAUGGUUUCUGUCUCAGCUCCCAGUCCCACACCAUUCACAUCAAUCAGUACAGCCACCAGUUACACUCCACACAUAAUGAUUACAGCAACAGCCAGAGCCAACAGAGGAUCAGAGAGCAGACUGUAAGCUGUCCCUCUCCUACAGGGGGCCUCAACACCAAGUUCAGACCAGAGUCCUCUUCUUUCAUCCACAGCCCCCUGACUGUCCCAGCACCAACCCUGGUCUCAAACACACUCUUCAAUAUUAUGAAAAGCAGGGGCAUCCCCAACCUUCCAAAUGCCAACCUCCCAAAUCUUCCACCGGUCGGCCCCCUAAGCCUAAACGAGUGCCACCAGACCGUGUAUUCCGUGCAUGAGAGCUCUGUCACAGAGACGCAGGAGAAAGUACAUGACCCUAGCACCAUGAUGGUUCGAGGAUCUGCCUUCCCCACUGCUGCCGCCACUAGCACUCUUAACACGCAUGCUACCCCCUCCCCAUUAACCACCACAGCAGUCACACUCACAGACCAGGGACAAGACCCAGACCUCUGCAAUCCCACAGCCAUCAGAGAAGAGAUCAGGCUGCCUGGUACCAGCCGGUCCAUGGGGAGCACCCUAGCAGGCCAGGGCCCUCCUCACUUCUCCAAACUACUGUCUAGUCCCACAGUUAUGGAGGGGUCGCCUGUGACCCUGGAAGUGGAGGUCACUGGAUUUCCAGAGCCUACUUUAACAUGGUUCAAGAAUGGAGAGAAACUGACCAAUGAUGAGCACAUAGAACUGUCCCAAAAAGAAGGCAAACAUGCAUUGUUUAUACAGAAAGUCACUGAGGCCGACGCAGGUCUCUAUGUGUGUGGUGCCGUCAACUCAAGUGGCACCCUAUCUUCUAGCGCCGCCCUUCAGGUGAAUGCAGGUAACAACAGAUGUCCCGAUCCCAGCUGCCCUCUUCUCAAGCUGAACUGGCACACUUGUUUUGGCACUCUGUGUUUUCUCCUGUAUCUCCUGUAUCUACUGCUCUUAUGAAGAAAGAAAAAUAUAUAUGAAGCUUUUUACUGCCAGUAUCUUUUCCACUCUCAGAAAAAUGGGAAGUAGUGUUGACUUUGAACAGUAGUACACUGGGUAACCCUAACUUCAACUGUAUGGAUGCAUGUGGUGUCACCUCCAAACCUGGACACCACCACCACCCUAUUACACACAAAACCACCUGUGUGUAUGAAGGUCGGGUUCAUUUAUUUUGUAGAUUUGUAUUUCAUCUCUGCAUAAAAGUAUUAUCUCAAUUAAUUUAUAUCUCAACUAACUCCUUCGUAUACUUUCAACUCCUUCGUAUACUUUCAACUCCUUCGUAUACUUUCAACUCCUUCGUAUACUUUUGUCUAGAAAGUCAGUGCGUUGAGUCUGUGCCUCCAUGACUAAAAUGGUCUCCAAUUACAGAAUCAAGGUAAUUAAUUUAUGAAUAAAAUGCUAAAAUCAGUAAUUUAGUCAAUUUCUCUUUUAUUGUAUUACGCCCAUCCUAAACUUCAAAGCUCAGAGAUUAGAUGGUAAAUUGUUUCAGCUAAAUUACCGUGUUAAAUGUAUUUUAAAUAAAGUAAUGCAGCUUCCGA